GACUAUUAGAAAUUGUCGGGUGACGUGUAAUCGUAAAUAGAAAUACCGUGCCGGUGAAAUACUAAAAAACAAGAUAGAUUAAAAAUAGUAUUUUUAUAAAUUUUUAUAAACAUGUUACGAAUACUAAUUUUUUCAUUAUUCGUAUGUUUUUCUGGAGUUCUUGGUUCCUCUCUUGAAUUAGUAACUGAUGACGAUCUACUGAAUCACAUAAAAAAUGAGAAUUUUGUUGUUGCUCUUUUCACUAAAAAAGAUUGUGAAGCUUGUGAAAAUAUGGAAAAUGAAUUAAUUCAAGUACGAGAAGAUCUAGUCGAUUCAUUGUCAGCCUGGGUGGUAAAAGUUUCAAACAGUCAACUUCUACGACUUUACAGUCCUAAUAAAGAGCCUGCUUUAAUUUUCUACAGAAAUGGAAAUCCUCUUUUAUAUGAUGGUCCUUUAGAUGGAGAAGAAAUUUUAAGAACAUUUAUUGAUAAUCAAAAGCCUAUCGUCAAGGAAUUAACUGAUGAUACUUUUGAACAUUUAACACAAGCCAGUAGUGGAGCAACUACUGGUGAUUGGUUUGUCAUGUUUUACAGUUCAGAUUGUGUGGAAUGUCAAAGAAUGGGCGCCAGAUGGGAAGCAGUAGGUUCAAAAAUAAAACAAAGAGUAAAUGUUGCUCGAAUGAAUAAACAUACCACAGGUGCAUCUACUGCUCGAAGAUUCAAUGUUUUCGAAGUUCCUGAAUUCAUUUUCUUCCGACAAGGUAAAAUGUAUAGAUAUCAAAUUCCAAAAUAUGAUGUGAAUUCCUUUGUAUCAUUUGCUAGAGAUUGGUAUAGAAAUGCCCGAAUUGAAAAAGUUCCAGUGCCUCAAAGUCCUUUCGAUGAUUUUACACAAAUGAUUGCAAAUGCCCUGCGUGAAAAUCCUUGGAUAAUAAAGCUCGGAAGCAUAACUAUUGGCGUAUUUGUGAUCGUCUCAGUAGCAUCAAAAUUAAGGCGAAAAUCCGAAGUUCCACAAAAGAAGGCUAAAUAAUAUAAAUAUAUCUCUCGUUUUAAGCAAUGUAUAUAUGUACACAUUACAAUUGAACUUAAAAAAAGAUUUUCUACAAUUCAUAUAUUAACAAAUAAUUUAAGUUUUAGCUAAAUACAUACCCCUUCCUUUUAUACAUAAAUAUACAUGUAAUUUCGAAAUAUAUAAUUAAGGUGUCAGCGAAAAUUAAUUUUUUUAAAUAUUCUUAUAUUUUUUUAAUAUUAUAUUCCAAUUGGUGCUAAAUAUUUUCUAGAUUUCGUAUAACAGAGGAAUGUAUAAAAAUAAAACUUAAAAAAAUGUACAAUA